GAGGUGAGAGGGACGAAGAGGAAGUGAGGAGAAAGAACACACUGGGGGUUGGAGAACUGAGGCAGGGAAAGAAAAGUAGAUCAAGAAAAGAAAGGGUCAGAGGGAAUUUUUUUUCGGUGGGGUGGCCAUUCUUUCUUUUGGAAAUACAAGGAAGACGCAACACCCUUGGGAGCUGUGGGAACUUUCAGGCAGGAAGAGGAGAUCUUUCAUAUCCAGACCGGAUUAUAGGCAACCACAGACAGUGAGGUGAGGGGAGCUUUCUAAACUCUAGCCAACAUGGAGGGAGGCAAUGAAGUGAACAUGAAGUCCUUCAUCAUGGACGAGGAGACACUGAAGAGGAAGCAGCGUGAGAAGCUGAAGAAGAUGCAGGCUACCGGUGGGAACCCCAGGCCUGUGCGUUCCCUCUUCUUCCUCACGCUGAAGAAUCCCUUCCGAAAGGCCUGCAUCCAGAUCGUGGAGUGGAAACCUUUUGAGAUCAUCAUCCUGCUGACCAUCUUUGCCAACUGUGUGGCGCUGGCUGUGUUCAUGCCCAUGCCGGAGGAGGACACCAACAACACCAACAGUAACUUGGAAAGUCUGGAGUACAUCUUCCUGAUAAUCUUCACCAUGGAGUGCUUUCUAAAGAUUAUUGCAUAUGGGUUACUAUUCCAUGCAGACGCUUAUUUACGGAACUGUUGGAACAUGCUGGAUUUUGUCAUUGUCACCAUGGGGCUGUUUACCAUUGUAGUGGACUUCAUCAACAACGUCAGUGGGGUGGAGGCCCCAGUGGAUCAGGGGGGUGGGGGCUUUGACAUGAAGGCCCUGAGAGCAUUUAGGGUGCUGAGGCCGCUUCGCCUCGUCUCUGGGGUGCCCAGCCUGCAGGUGGUGAUGAGCUCCAUCCUUAAGUCCAUGUUGCCGAUGUUCCACAUCUCCCUCCUGGUCUUCUUCAUGGUCACCAUUUAUGCCAUUGCUGGACUAGACCUCUUCAGUUGCAAGAUGCACAAGACAUGCUACUAUGAAGGAACAAGCAUCCCUGCAACCAUGGAGAAUGAAAAGGCAGCGCCGUGCGCCCAGGCAGGAAACGGCCGCCGCUGCGCUAUGAAUGGCACAGAAUGUCGGGCAGGCUGGCCCGGGCCCAAUCUCGGCAUCACCCACUUUGACAACCUGGGCUUCUCCAUGCUGACCGUGUACCAGUGCAUCACCACCCAGGGCUGGACUGAUGUGCUGUACUGGGUGAAUGAUGCCAUCGGGGUUGAGUGGCCUUGGAUUUAUUUCGUCACCCUCAUUCUUCUCGGCUCCUUCUUCAUCCUUAACCUGGUUCUGGGAGUCCUCUGCGGUGAGUUCACUAAGGAGCGGGAGAAGAGCUACAGGAGUGGGGAGUACCAGGCGCUGCGUGAGCACCAGCAGCUGGACGAGGACGUGAAGGGCUACAUGGAGUGGAUCACCCAGGCUGAGAUCAUGGACAACGACCAGGAGGGCAGAGGUCUGCUACCUCUGGUCGAGGGGUCAGAAACAGAUAGUCUGUACGGUAUCGCAGGAAUCCAGCGCUUUCUCUAUUACUUGAAACGAGCCAAGCAGUACAACCGUGUGCUCCGGAGGAAGUGUCGCACCUUUGUAAAGUCCAACAUCUUCUACCGACUGGUCAUCCUGUUGGUGUUCUUCAAUACACUGGCCAUUGCAACCGAGCACCACCAACAGUCUGAGGGACUCACCAAUUUCCAAGAAAAUGCAAACAAGGUGCUGCUGUCCCUGUUUGCGGUGGAGAUGUUCCUGAAGAUGUACGCCCUAGGCCUGCCCUCCUACUUCAUGUCGCUCUUCAACCGCUUCGACUGCUUCGUGGUGUCUGUAGGCAUCUUGGAGUUGAUCCUGGUGCGCAUGGACAUCAUGUCCCUCACCGGCGUCUCCGUGCUGCGCUGCAUCCGCCUGCUCAGGCUCCUCAAGAUCACUAAGUACUGGACUGGUCUGAGUAACCUGGUGGCGUCCCUGCUGAACUCAAUCGCCUCCAUAGCCUCGCUGCUCCUGCUCCUCUUCCUCUUCAUCGUCAUCUUCUCCCUGCUGGGUAUGCAGGUGUUCGGAGGCAAGUUCAACUUUCCUGAACACAGGGUUCGCAGAAGCAACUUCGAUAACUUUCCCCAGGCCCUCAUCACAGUGUUCCAGAUCCUGACGGGUGAGGACUGGAAUACCGUGAUGUAUGAUGGCAUCAUGGCUCAUGGUGGUCCGGCCAUGCCCGGGAUUCUAGUCAGCAUCUACUUCAUCAUUCUCUUUGUCAUUGGGAACUUCAUUCUUCUGAAUGUCUUCUUGGCCAUUGCUGUGGACAACCUGGCAGAGGCGGAGAGUCUGACCUCGGCCCAGAAGGAAAGGGCUGAGGAGAAAAAACGCAAGAAGAUGCUGAGGGAUAGUCACCCAGAGAAAGGUGAGGAAGAGAAGGCCCUGUUGGCAAAGAAACUGGCUGACCAGAGAGCCAAGACAGAAGGGAUCCCUACCACGGCCAAGCUAAAGGUGGAUGAGUUUGAGGCGAAUGUGAAUGAAAUUAAGGAUCCCUUUCCUCCAGCUGAUUUCCCAGGUGAUGAUGAGGAGGAGGAGCCUGAGAUUCCCCUCAGUCCUCGGCCUCGGCCAAUGGCUGACCUCCAGCUGAAGGAGAAGGCGGUGCCCAUGCCAGAAGCCAGUUCCUUUUUCUUAUUUGGCCCCCAAAAUAAGUUCCGUAAACUGUGCCAUAGAAUCAUCAAUGCCACCACCUUCACCAACAUCAUCCUCCUGUUCAUCCUCCUCAGUAGUAUCUCUCUGGCUGCUGAGGAUCCCAUCGACCCAAUGUCCUUCAGAAACCAGGUCUUGGCUUAUGCAGACUAUGUCUUUACCUCAGUAUUCACGGCGGAAAUUGUCCUCAAGAUGACCACGUAUGGUGCCUUCCUCCACAAAGGCUCCUUUUGCCGAAACUCCUUCAAUAUCCUGGACCUGCUGGUUGUGGGUGUCUCUCUUCUAUCCAUUGGAAUGGAGUCCAGCGCCAUUUCUGUGGUGAAGAUCCUCAGGGUGCUGAGGGUGCUGAGACCUCUGAGAGCCAUCAACAGAGCCAAGGGACUGAAGCAUGUCAUCCAAUGUGUGUUUGUUGCCAUUAAGAGCAUUGGCAACAUUGUCCUGGUCACCAUGCUUCUGGACUUCAUGUUCUCCUGCAUUGGAGUUCAGCUUUUCAAGGGAAAAUUCUUUUCCUGCACAGACCCUGCUAUGAUGACUGAACUAGACUGCAGAGGGGUCUACAUAAAGCAUCAGGAGAAUGCUCUUCAUGAGAUGGUGGUCAGCAAGCGAGAAUGGAUGAACAGUGACCUGAACUUUGAUAAUGUGCUGAAUGGCAUGUUAGCUCUCUUCACUGUCUCUACGUUUGAGGGUUGGCCAAAACUCUUAUACAAAGCCAUGGAUUCAUAUAUGGAAGACAGAGGUCCUGUCUACAACAACCGUAUAGCAAUCUCCAUCUUCUUCAUCAUCUACCUCAUCAUCAUCGCCUUCUUCAUGAUGAACAUCUUUGUGGGUUUUGUCAUCGUCACCUUCCAGGAGCAGGGAGAACAGGAGUAUAAAAACUGUGAGCUAGACAAAAAUCAGCGUCAGUGUGUUCAGUAUGCACUGAAAGCACGGCCCCUCAGAUGUUACAUUCCCAAGAACCCGUACCAGUACAAGGUCUGGUACGUCGUCACUUCCUGCUACUUUGAGUACCUCAUGUUCCUGCUCAUCAUGCUCAACACCAUGUGUCUGGGGAUGCAGCACUGCAACCAGUCUGAACAUGUGACCCACCUCUCUGACAUGCUCAACGUGAUCUUUACUGUGCUCUUUACACUGGAGAUGCUUUUAAAACUCAUGGCCUUCAAAGCUAAGGGCUACUUUGGGGAUCCCUGGAAUGUCUUUGACUUUGUCAUCGUCAUAGGCAGUGUCGUUGAUGUCACCCUUAGCGAGAUUGAUCACUGGGUUUCACAAGGCUAUUUAAUGUGCCAGUUAAGCAUUUUUGCUGGUCAAUAAAAAUGUCAUAUUCUGGAGUACGAUGAAACUGUCUUCUCGCAGGAAUCCGAAAAUGCCAGUGUGUCCAUCACGUUCUUCCGUCUGUUCCGCGUCAUGCGUCUGGUGAAACUGUUGAAUCGCUUUGAGGGUAUCAGAAACCUCUUGUGGACCUUCAUCAAAUCUUUCCAGGCUUUGCCUUACGUUGCUCUUCUGAUCGUCAUGCUGUUCUUCAUCUAUGCUGUCAUUGGAAUGCAGGUGUUUGGUAAAGUAGCGUUGAUAGAUGGCACACAGAUCAAUCGCAACAACAACUUCCAGACAUUUCCUAUGGCAGUUCUGGUACUCUUCAGGUGUGCCACUGGGGAGAGCUGGCAGGAAGUGAUGUUGGCGUGUAUGUACGGCCAACUCUGUGACCCCAAAUCUGACUUCCUGCCAGGGGAGGAGUACACCUGUGGCUCCAGCAUUGCCAUCCUCUACUUCAUGAGCUUCUACAUGCUCUGUGCUUUCUUGAUUAUCAAUUUAUUCGUGGCUGUGAUCAUGGAUAACUUUGACUACCUAACACAUGAUUGGUCCGUACUCGGGCCACACCACCUGGACGAGUUUAAGAAGAUCUGGGCAGAAUAUGACCCUGAGGCCACUGGACGCAUUAAGCAUCUGGAUGUGGUGACACUCCUGCGGAGGAUCAUGCCUCCUUUGGGUUUUGGAAAGUUCUGCCCCCAUCUGGUCGCUUGCAAGAGGCUGAUCUCCAUGAACAUGCCCUUGAACAGUGAUGGCACAGUGACAUUCAAUGCCACCCUCUUUGGCCUGGUCAGGACUGGCCUCAAGAUCAAGACAGAAGGUAACUUUGAGAAGGCCAAUGAGGAGCUGAGGGCCAUCAUCAAAAAGAUCUGGAAGAGAACCAGCAUGAAGCUGCUGGACCAGGUCAUUCCACCUAUUGGUGACGACGAGGUGACCGUGGGGAAAUUCUAUGCCACCCAGCUGAUCCAGGACCACUUCCGCAGGUUCCUGAAGAGACAGGAAGAGGAGUAUGGGUACCGGCCCACGAAGAAGAACAAUGCUGAAAUCCAGGCUGGCCUCAGGAGCAUUGAGGACGAAGCGGCACCAGAGCUGCUGAGGACCAUCUCAGGGGACCUGAUGAACGAGGAGGAGAUGGACAACGCCAUGGACGAGGCAGCGGAGGAGGCCAUCUACAGGAGGGCAGGUGGGCUGUUUGGAAACCACGUGGACCCCUUCGCCAUGGAGCAGGGUAAUAACCCCCACACCAGCGUGAGGCCACUGCAGUUCGCUGAGAGCAAGUCGGAGGAAGCAGAGCACUCUCCAGGCUUCCUGCACUACCACCCCAACACCAACCACAACAACAACGCACACAAUGACAACUCCAACAACAAUAACUGGGAACAGUUCACCGUUGAGAACGAGGCUGUCACUCUCUCAACAGUCAGUUGGCAUGUCAGCCAGAAUGGCCACCACAUCUCACCAGGUUAUAUAUAACAAAGAAU